CUCCAUCACUGUUCACAAUUCAAGCUUUCAUCGGUUUUCCAUGGAGGUCGUUGAUUUGAAGGUGUGCUUGCAUUGCAAGGCCUGCGAAAAAGCACUUCGAAAAGUGCUUUGCAAAAUCAGAGGAGUGAAGUGUGUGGAAAUGAACAUGGCAUUGAACAAGAUCACAGUUUUGGGUUACAUGGAUCGCAAAGUGGUCGUCAAGGAGGUGCGAAAGACAGGCAGAAGGGCUGAGGUUUUGCCGUCGCCACCGUGCCGCCGCCUCCCGCCGUCGCACCGGAGAACCCGACCAGCUGCAGCUGCCCUUAAAUGCUUAAUGCCUUCAUGUUUUCUCUGAAAUUCUCGAGCUUUCGAGUAAAUAUAUGAUGGUUUUUUCUUUAAUGUUUUGCGUCAUUUUUCGAACUUUACAAUUUUAUUAUCCGUAUACCAAACUUUUCUUA